UGCUGGCCUGCCACGCGCAGGCUUAGGGGCGCCGAGAGAAGUUCGCCGGAACACGCCUCUCGCACCAUUGCCGCUGAAGCGAAGCAGGCGGUGGUUUUGGCAGCCGGCCCAGCCAAAUAGAGAUCACGAGAAGAAAGAACCGGAACAAAUUAACCGGCGCCGAACUCGCCUCCAUGAGCUCUUCUUCGUCUCCAAUCACAGCAAACCCUUCAUCCAGAGAAAACUAAUCCACAGGUUUCACAGGAAGACGGCGUGGUUGGGGCGGCGAUUAGCGCCCGUGCUCUGCGUCAGCGAGAAGCAAUUUUGCCGGGAGGACGACGACGCACGCACGCACGCACCGUCACAGGCUGCUCAAUCUUUCUCUCUCUCUCUUAUCCCCAAGACAAGAGACGCGUCUCCCCGAACAGGGCGAGAAGAGGCGGUGGGUGUUCUUGUUCUUGGUUCCCUUUCCAAGAUGUCGUCCCCGAGCAAGCGCCGCGAGAUGGACCUCAUGAAGCUGAUGAUGAGCGACUACAAGGUGGAGAUGGUGAACGACGGGAUGCAGGAAUUCUUCGUCGAAUUCAAGGGUCCUGCCGAAAGUAUUUAUCAAGGUGGUGCCUGGAAAGUUAGAGUAGAACUGCCUGAUGCAUAUCCUUACAAAUCCCCGUCGAUUGGCUUCAUUAAUAAGAUUUAUCACCCCAACGUUGAUGAAAUAUCUGGUUCUGUCUGUUUGGAUGUCAUUAACCAGACAUGGAGCCCAAUGUUUGAUCUAGUAAAUGUGUUCGAAGUAUUCCUUCCGCAACUUUUACUGUAUCCAAAUCCUUCUGACCCAUUAAAUGGGGAGGCUGCUGCGCUGAUGAUGCGUGACCGUCCUGCUUAUGAACAGAAAGUGAAAGAAUACUGUGAAAAAUAUGCCAAACCAGAGGAUGCUGGCAUAACCCCAGAAGAUAAUUCCAGCGACGAAGAGCUUAGCGAAAACGAAGACGACUCUGGCGACGAGGCUAUACUUGGCAACCCUGAUCCUUAGUCGAGCUGGUUGCUAUGUCACCAACUCAUCAUAUACAAUGUUCAUUGCAGAAAUUGCAAUCAAACAAAACUGAAAAAAAAAGGAAAAAGUGGAGUCAUGUAAAUAAGUGUACCUUGUAUGUUAUCCAGUGCUGUUUAUUUCAGUUCGCCAGUUGAAUUUGCAUCCAGAUUUGUGCUUUCGUUUCAAUGAAUAAACAAGGUUGUAGGUUUUGCCAUAA